AUGUCAAUCUUGGAAGAUAAUGCAGGGUCGAAAGAGGUCGAAAGCCAUACCUCAAUCGUGAUCGACCCAGCAGAAGAGAAAAAUGUCCUGAAAAAGCUCGACCGGGUCAUCCUUCCUUUGAUGGCUCUCGUUUACUUUUUCCAAUACCUUGAUAAACAAAGCAUCAACUAUGCUUCUGUAUUCGGGUUAUCCGAGGAUCUGAAUCUUUCUGGAUCACAGUUCUCUUGGGCCAUCUCACUUUUCUAUUUUGGCCAAUUGGUUUCUGAGUAUCCCGCCGCUUACUUGAUGAGUCGUUUGCGCCUGAAAAUAUUCGUUGGGAUCUGCAUUAUCUUAUGGGGCCUCUGCGAAAUGUGCCUCGCAGCAACCCAUGAUUUUGCCGGUAUUGGUGCGGUUCGGUUCCUGCUCGGCUUCACUGAAGGAGCUGUGGCCCCAAGCUUCAUGAUCAUCACCAGCAACUGGUACUGCCGCCGCGAACAUCCAAUCAGAAUUGCAUCAUGGGUUUCAAUGUUCGGUGUCUCGCAAAUCGUCGGCGCUCUCAUGAUGUACGGAAUUGGCCAAGGGAAUUUCGCUAUCGAGACCUGGCGAGUGAUGUUUCUCAUCUGCGGCGGCCUCACUGUUGCGUGCGGUAUUGUAUUUAUAAUUUUCAUGCCGAAGGAUGCUUCAAGCGCCUGGUUCCUAACCGAGCGCGAGCGGAGGAUUGCAAUGGACAGAUUGAUCCUGGAUAGGGCUACGCGUGACCGAACAGACUUCGACAUGAAGCAAGCAAAAGAGGCACUAUCAGACCCAAGAACACUGCUCUAUGCGGCCAUGGCAUUGUUUAUAACCUUGCCAACAGCUAUAGUGAAGUUUUCCUCACUGGUUAUACAAGGAUUUGGCUAUACGCCCUUCCAAACAAUGCUAGUGGGUCUUCCCAGCGGAGCAGUCUCAUUUGUACUAGUGUGGAUUGGAGCCUUGAUUCCUCUGUAUUUCCCGAAUGGUCGAUGCUUCGCCGGUAUACUCCUCGCACUCCUACCCAUGAUUGGCACUCUAUUGCUCCUGCUGCUUCCAGCUUACGCUAGUUGGGGCAUAGUCGUUAGCACUUGGUUUGCAGCCAGCAGCGCGCCACCCCUAGGUAUGGCCGUGGGUCUUAUGUCUUCUAACGUCCGCGGAAAUACGAAGAAGUCCGUCGUCGGGGCUAUCUUCUUUGUUAUGUACUGCGUUGGAUGUAUUGUAUCUCCACAGCUUUGGCAAAGGGAAGAUGCACCGCGCUACUACAAAGGCUGUAUUGCAAGCGUGGUGAGCUGGGGUUGUCUCAUCAUUACAUUUUCAAUUGCGUGGUUAACCUUUCGGCGGUCCAAUGCGAAGCGGGAUAGGGAGGCCGUCGGUGAUGGAAGACACGAGCAGCUUCCUCCGAUAGUUACAGUGGACUCCGAUUGUACUGAAAAGGAAGACAGGAGCUUCAGAUACAGCUAUUGA